UAGUGUGGAUUAUAUAGGAAAUCGAAUUGACCUUCAGUUCAGUGUUAGUUACAUCCUCGUACAGACAUGUCGGUUAAGUUGUUUGUUUGUCUCUCAAUGUUGUAUGUCGCUUACGCGGCAGUAGCAUUUGUACCAAUCGAAGAGAAGCCACCAAAAUUCGCCAACAUCCCUGGUUGCUACCUUCGUGACUAUGACAUGGUGUUGGGUUUCGGUGAAUCAUUCUCACCGGCUGAUGGCAGCUGCACCAGAUACUAUUGUAACGACGACGGACAGGCUCACCAUGUUGGGUGCGUACCUCUGGGAACUACCUUGGACUGCAAUGAGCCUGGAACUGGAAGUCUGGCUUUCCCGGAAUGCUGUAGAAAACUCGUGUGCCCUGAACAAUAAUAAUAAUUAUUAUUAAUACUAUUGGAUUAUAGAUUAUUUGGAACCAUUAAUUAUAAUCAAUGGUUCUAAAUAAUAUAUAUGUAAUGUAUUCUAAAUAAAAAUGAAUUUAAAAUUUA